AUGGGUGCCAUUGAUGUGCUGAAGAAAUGGGAUUUUUACAAGAAGAUUCCAGAGGUACGAUUGCCUGACUUGAGUACACUGCCCGGUGUAAGUCUGUCCAUCGUCGGCUGCUUCAUCAUGUUUUUGCUCUUUAUCCUCGAGUUCAAUAGCUACCUCACGGUAGAAUACAAGUAUGAUAUUAUAAUGGAUGAAGGACUGGACCAGACUAUGCGCAUCAAUUUUAACAUUACUGUACCAGAUUUACCUUGUGAGUUUGCCUCUGUGGACGUGUCAGACACGACAGGCACACGUAAACACAAUAUGACAUCCAAUAUCUAUAAGAUUCGGUUGGACCAGAAAGGCCGAACGGUCGGUCUUGCCGCGGAGAACCAGAUCAUGCCUCGAUUUACAGAUGACGAAGAGUAUGGCGAUUUGCCCGAAUCGGACGCUAUUGUGACCAUUUUGGAUGAGACGAACUUUGAUUCUUUCCUUGGACAACAUCACUACGUGGCAGUAGACUUUUACGCGCCCUGGUGUGUAUGGUGUAAUCGACUGGAGCCGGUGUGGACGCGUGUGGCCAAGACGCUGCCGUCGCUACACUACGGCCAGCAACUACGUGUUGCAUCGGUGGAUUGCCAGUCGCACCCGCAGCUUUGCAUGAGGCAGUUCAUCCGUGCGUACCCGAGUAUUAUGUUUUACAAGGAUGGCGAUGCAUCACCUGUUGAGAUGUACUUUGGAGAUCGCACAGUGGAAGCCUUUGUGGAUAAGUUUAAGCAGCUCAUGGCGGGUGAGAUGGACGCUGCAGAGAUUCGCAAAAAGGAUUUCUUUGAGCAGGACAAGAAGGAAGCGCACCGGCAGGGACGGGCAAUUGCUCGCUCGGGUGUCGGUCCUGAGGGAUGCCGUCUGUUUGGCUUUUUGAACGUAAAGCGCGUUCCCGGCAAUUUUCACGUGCACUUGUCGAACCCGGCAUACUCGAUGGAUUCAUCGUUGGUAAAUGCGUCGCAUACGGUAAACGAGCUAUGGUUUGGUGACCACUUGGCGCCCGGCGACAUGUCGAAGCUGCCGCGCGAGGCGCAGACGCAGCUCUACACGCAUCGACUGGACAACCAGGAUUUCACAUCGUUUAACAAGAACCACACGUACGUGCACUAUAUCAAGGUCGUGACGAACUCGUAUGUGCAAAGCGAUGGAUCAGUGAUCAACGUGUACAAGUACACGGCGCACUCGAAUGAGUAUGUGGAGACGGAUGACUUACCAUCCAUUAUGUUCCGCUACGAUCUAUCGCCAAUGUCUGUGCGCAUUUCGGAGGAUUCAGUGCCGUUCUACCACUUUAUCACGUCGGCUUGUGCUAUCAUUGGUGGUGUCUUUACCGUCAUUGGUGUUGUCGACCAGAUCAUUCAUCAGACUUCGCGUGCUUUGAACAAGAAGAUGUUGUAA